AUGGUGAAAAGCGCAAGCAAAAAUAAUGACACGGAAAUCGAUGACUUCUCAGUCAACAUAAACAACAGCAACGAUUUUAACACAGUCCUAAACGAAAUUAAGUUAAAAGAAUUUCAUCGUGAAAAGUCAAAAACGAGAAAACAAACCAAAAGUAAAGUAAAGCUAAAAAAUGUCAACGAUGUAGAAAAUGACAUAGUAACCUUAAACUCGCAGUCAGACAAAGGCACAAAGAACAAAAGGAUGCUUAGCAAAAAUAAAGGGAAAGAAAAAUUAGUGCAAAAUGACGUGAACGCAAUCAACGCCCAAGACAGCAAUUUGUACGACACGCCCGUUUUCCCGCAAAUCACCUCCCUAAUUCUGUACCAUGAAAAAGAAAAUAACAACUCGGAAUCCUCCAGCAGCAUCAAACAUGCAAUAAACGAAAAAAUAAAAAGGCACAACUCCAACCAUAAAAUCGAGAAACAUACCAUAUAUGAUAUUUAUGCAAAAACGUUAAAAAAAUUGUCAAUUGAAGACGAAAGUGAUGUGUUAAAAGAAAGUGAUGAUGGCAACUUUUAUUUUAAUAUGAACAAAAUUUCAGACAACAGAAAAAGCAAUAUAAAUUUUUCAAACUCGAACUUUUCAAAUAACACCUCAGAGGUGUCCUCAUCUAUUUUGAUUCCCACGUACCAAACUAAAGGUAGUAACGUGGACAAAAAAAGAAACCACCAAAAUAAGGACACAAAAUUGAGGGAAAUGAAAUAUAGCAAUAAGGAUGCACAGCCGAAGCAGCAUCGUCAUCACAGUAAGGAAAAAAAAACACACAAGGACUUGGAACAGCUUCCAAUAAAUGAAGACCCAGAAAGUGACUCAAAUUUUUACUACGAUGAGAAAACGUUUUGCAAAAAUGGUGGUGAUUCCUCCAAUGAAAACCAAAGCAUAAAGGGAAUGGUAAAGGGGAAAAGGGUGAGCGGUAGAGAACGAGGCAGAGAAUCCGAUAAAUAUGAACAUGGAAUGGAUACAAAUGGAGGUACAUACAAAAGGGAACAAAAAUGCAAAUUAAAAGGUGUAAGGGCAAGUGUAGAUCUAGAUGGACAGCCGUACGCGCGUGAUGCAAAGCUGCCUACAGACUUGCUCAAUACGAACGAAUCAAAAUGGUCAGCAAACGAAUACCUCACGCAGCAGGAACGUGAUUAUUUGAACGUGUCCAACUCUUUGUCUAUUGAAAGCUUACAUGAUAAUGCAAGAGAAGAACUACAGAAUGAUGAAAUGAGAAAUGAAAAAUGUGGGCUAGCCAACACAAAGGGAAAAGAUCAAAUAGCAAGUAACUAUGAUGAUGACGCGUAUGACGCAAAGGGAUUAAUCCAGACAUCACUAAAAGACAUACCCGAAUUUAAUACGUACCAUUCACUAAACCAUCUGUUACACAAGAAAAAAAAAUAUAUAAACGGAAAAUCAAAUGAAAAUUACCCAACAUCAGAAAUAACCACAACAGAUUCUGAAUACUCGAUGGAUGAAAAAUUGAAUAUAAAUAUGUCAUAUGAAGAUUUUAAAAAUAAGAAGCAAAGUGAAAUAUUGUCUGUUGUACAAGUCAGCAAAAGUAAAGAGAAGUUACUAAAAGUUGUAAAUAGUAAACAUAUUUUAAAUAUUAGGAGGCUGCUAAGAAUAAUGCGAGAAUUUUAUAUAGGAUUUAUUGGUCUACAAUUAAUUUAUUUUAUAACGUAUCUUCUCUUUGGUAACAAUAGCGUCUACUUAAUUCAAAUUGUUUCCAUAUCUUGCACCUUCUUUUCACUGUUGGAUGCCAAUUACCACGGCUACUUAUUAAAUGGCUUUAUUGACCUUUGUGUUGCAAUAUUUUUAAAUAUAGCUAUUGUAGAAGAUAUUUCCGGUUUUAAAAGCUUAAAAUCUAAUGAUGUGUUGAAAAAUAUAACCCUGUCCAAUGUCGUUUUCCUGUACUUUUUUUCUGCGUUUUCUUUUUUGAAUGGCUAUUUUAUACACAAAUUGCAUUCCAUGGAGAGAAGAAAUAUAAAGCAUGUAAUACGCAGCAUCGAGUCCAAGGCGGACCAGGCUGCUAAAAGCGCCACGCUGGAUACCUCACCUUCCAAAAGUGUUCAUUAG